AACUUGUCUUCUAUAACGGCACAGCGUGAAGAGUUGGCAUCAAUUAAACACCCAAUCAUAAACAGGCUUUCGGGGAUAAACUCGAUGAUGUCUUCCCCAAUCCUCACCUCAGACCCCACGCUCGUCAACAUUGGGACUCACUCCUUGGCCCUCUACUCACACGGCCCAGAGCCCAAAACCACAAACGGACCAGUUAUUCUUUUCAUCUCGGGAAUAGCAAGUUCCAGUCUCAACUGGGCUGCCGCAGUACGACUUCUCCCCCUCUCUCUGCGCAGUUACACCUACGAUCGCUCGGGCUAUCGCAAUUCCGAGACCUCGCCACUUACCCCAACAGCCGAGAAUAUAGCACUCGAACUCUCCCAACUCAUCGAAAAAGCGCCCAUUGCGAAUCCAAUCAUCCUCGUCGGACACUCCUGGGCCGGCGUGAUAAUUUGCGAGUUCCUCGCUACCACCGGCAAUAGCCACCGCAUCGCCGGUAUCGUUCUCGUCGACGCCAAUCAUGAAACCGCGUUGCAGGUCCUGCAAGUAAACGAUCCAGUCAUGUGGAGUGUCUUCGAGGGCGUGGAUUUCUUCACUGGCACGGGAAUCCAGGCAGAGCACAAAUUAACACAAGAUGAGUGGGACGCCUUCACACGCGACCAAGCCACGGAAAAAUCCCAAUUGACUGGGGAGAAAGAGGAAGAGCAGUACGAGACGAGUUUCACGACCUUGCAGGAGAAGCAGCUGUCUAAGCGUCAACCAUUGGCUGGUAAUAAGCCCGUGUUUGUUAUUGGAAGCUUGCGGAGUAGGGACUGGGGUGGUUUGUACAAGGCUGGUGUCGAGAGAGGGAACGGGACGAAAGAGCAAAGGGCGCAUGCCAGAGAGAUGAUAGAGACGGCAGACGGAAAGAGCGAGAGGCUUAUGAAGAAGCACCUGAAACUCUCAACGAGGAGCAAGCUGGUAUGGGCAAGGGAGAGUGGUCAUUUUAUACAAUUAACGCAGCCAGAUGUUGUGGUUGAAGGAGUGGAAUGGAUUUUGAAGGAGCUUGGAACGUCUGCGUUAUGA